GAUGACCAAUCCUAUUAAAGAUCAGGCUAAGGAAAUUAUCGUCGAUAUUCAAAAUCGUAGUAUUAAUAAUAAAAAAAAGAAAUAUCAAAGAAGAUUAGUCGGCGAAGACGACGAAGAAGAUAUUCUUGAAGAGAACGACGUUGUUGAUAAUGGUUGGGAAGUUAUUAGAAAGUUGGGUGGGGGAGGUUUUGGUCAAGUUUACGAAGUUAGAAAAGGAUUAAAUACAUACGCAAUGAAAGUUGAAGGUAUUAAGAGGAACGAGAAACAGAAACCACAUCUAAAACGAGAAUAUGAUAUAAUGCAUAGAAUAGCUAGAAAACAGAGAGAAUAUAAUAACGGCGAUAUAGAAUUGGCAUUAAAAGUUGAUUUUAAACAUUUCUGUUACUUGGAAGAUUUUAGUAAAGAAUUAAAAAGUAAUUCAUUUAAUGAUUGGAAAAAUGGCGGAAUUCCAAUUGAACAUAAUAAAUUUGUUGCUUAUUAUUAUAUUAUAAUGACUCUAUUAGGAAGAAAUUUAUCUGACUUGAGAAGGAGUGAACAAGACCAAAAAUUUGGUUUAUAUACAAUAAGUCACUUGGCUUUAGAGACUUUUCAGGCUAUUAAAAAUUUGCACGCUAUUGGCUUCGUACAUAGAGAUAUUAAACCGUCGAAUUUUGCUGUUAGCGCUGAUAAUUCUAGAGAUAUUUUCUUAGUUGAUUUCGGUUUGGCCUACACUUUUGGAAAGCUUUCAACAUCUAUUCGUGAUAGUAAAAUUAUAUCUUCUUAUCCACCUCAUGCCGAUUACGUAAAUCCAGAUAAAAAAAAGGGAGCUGGAUUUAGGGGUACUGUCAGAUACGCGUCCUUAAGAGCGCAUAAAGAAGAGUUCCUCUCCUAUCAAGAUGAUUUAAUCAGUUGGUUUUAUAUGCUUAUUGAAAUGAGUGCUGGUGCACUCCCAUGGAGGAGAUUAAAGAAUAAGGAAGAUGUUCAAACUGCUAAGGAAAUGUAUACGACCGCCAAUUCGCUCUUCUGGUUCAGUCUUCACGACGAUAGAUGUCAACCGGAGGAUGCUCGUCCCAUUUAUACUGUUCACGAGAAACUGCAUGCUACAUUCAGAAAAAUUCAUAAACGAAUAAUGAACAUAGAUAUACGAGAUCCAAUCGAUUCGGAGUAUAACGUUACCGAUACUCUUGGUGAUAGUUCUAGCACAAAAUCAAAAAAUAACUAUUUAGAAAUAGAGUUAGCUUUGAUUAAAUUAAAAAAUUCUGUAGAAAAUAUGACUGGUAUCAGUCCAAAGUUGGAUUGGGAGAUUCAAUCUCAUAGAAAGUUUGAAAAGUUAAGAUAUAACAGAUCUGUUGGAGCUGUUAUUGAAGGUCAAGGUGGAUCAAGAUUAAAUGCUCUAGUUCCAACAAGUGAAAUAAUAGAAGGGUCUAGAGAAGAAGUAAAACCCCCAAAGAAACCACUAAUAAUGAAACACCAACUGAAUAAUUUUUCAUUUAAUAGAUUUAAUGCAUUACUAGAAGAAGAUAAUCUCAUCUUUGAUGAGGAAGGUGCAUUAUAAUCUAGUUUAUCAACAAAUGACUAAAAUUAAAUAUCUCGAAUAAAUAAAUACGGCUAAUAAUCUC